AUGUGUUUGUGUGUAUGUGAGUCAGGGACUCUGCUCUCUCCGGCCGAGCAAAUAAGCCGCUGACCGCCGUCUCCAAUUCAUACGAUUCCAUUUCCACCGGCCACUGUCCACUUAUGCUGUUUUUUUUAUUUAUUAUUUUAAAAAAUCUCUUUGAAGGUCGAAUUGUUGUCAAAAAACAUAAUCUCGCCUGCUAGGGAACUCCAAAGUGGUCCCUAUAGGGGCAACCUUAGGGCCCUUGAAGGGUUCCCUCUAGAGACCACUUUACCAACCCCUAUAGGGGCCUUUCAAAAGUGGUCCAUAUAGGGGUUUUAGUUAGUGGCCCCUACAGGGGACAGGCUAAUCGAUAAUUUUUAUGUUCGCUAUCCGAAAAACUCAAUAAGUAACUGUUUUGAACAGAAUUGAACGACCCCUAUAGGGACCACUUAAGCGUUGGGGGCUAAGGAUUCAGACCCUAAACCCCUAUAGGGGCCACCUUGAUUGAACCCCUACAGGACUGUUUUUUCCUCUAUCCCUAUUGGGACCAAUCUAAAGCUCCUGAGUACCCUUCUCCUCAAUUUUCACUGUACCUUUUCUUCUCUUCAAAUCAAAAUAAAUUUUGAUUUUUUCAAAAGUAAGAGCUUCAGAUUUUUAUUCUAGAGUGUUUUUUCAAAGUUAGAAGAUGGCAAAAAUAUGCGUUGACUAAGCGAACCUGAAACUCGGACGCCUCCGCAAAUUGUUUGCUCUCCCAGACACGCCGUUUUCCCUCGUCUGCAUGUGUAUACAUUUUGGGAUCCUUCAGAAAUCGAUACUCUCUUGUGCUGUUCGAUUUAUUCCGUCCAUUUUAGGAGAUUCGGCAAAAUUGGAUACGAAAGAGAUAGGUUGGCCCGUCCGCGGGCGCCAAAAUACACUGGCGCCGUGAUUCCAGUCCAUCACGACCCCAAGAAAGAAGGAUGUCUUCACAGGUUAAUAAAUAUGUUGAUUUUUCUCAUUUUCAUAAGUUUCUAAGUUUUCAUACUUCGUUUUUCGAGAAAGUUGUCUUUCAUCAAUGAAAUUCUUCGUAUUAUUGAACAAAAAUUAAGAUUUUUUAUUUAUUUAGUCCCUUCGUUGUCUCUUUUCAGAACAUGAAGUCAGGUAGAUUUUCCCAGAAGCUGAAAAAAGCUCGAUUCUAAUUUUUCUUUUUUUCAAAACAAGUCUGAGUUAACUUUUAGUUUCCAAAAAGAUCUGUUGGAUCAAGGUUUUCGCCUUCUUCGCUUUUUUAACCUCCAUUUUCAAUCAUAGCUCUAGAUUUAUCAAGAAAUAGACGUACUUUCGAAAAAAUAUAUGCUAUUUGUAAUUAUUCCCUUACUGUUUUAUUUUUCUUAGAUUCUUCUAAUAAACUGGUUAAUAAAAAGACAUAUUUUUUUCAAAAUUUUUCAUUGGGAUUUGAACAAUUUUUUUUCUUUUGAUAACUAGUCUUUUUUUAUGAAUAAGAAAGGUGUACCGCGAUAAGACAGCUGACCAUCGCAAAAAGAGAGAAUUUUUUUUCUUAUGAGAAGAUUUAUUUUUUUGCAUGCGAGAACAGAACCUUGAUGUGGAUAGUAUAAAGUAGACCGGGAAAGUAAGGGAACCCACGUCCUAAAAUUUGGAUGCCUUUUUUUUAAAUUCCAUAGAUGUUUUUCAAAAGCACAUUUGUUUUUUUUUUCAACUUUUAAAAAUAUUCUUCAUCAUCUCCUUUAGCGUCUCUAACGACUGAUCAGAGUUCUGUAAUAGUAAAAAUGAAAAAAAAAAGUUCAACUGAGAUAAACAUCUUGAAAUUUCUUCGAUUUCCAGAGUUCCUUACGGAUCACUGAUGGCGACGUCGAUGUGUGUGAUCGGCGUCGUCCUUUUUGCCGUCAUGAUGUCUUGGGCCUUCAACGCGACGGCUGAACAGACCCGUCGAACCCUUAGAAUCGACGAUUGGCCCUGGCUCGAUAAGGUGAGCAUUUUUGAUAAUUUUGCUUGAUUUCGUUGAUAUCCAAUGGAAAAGCCUUUUUUUGAAAAAAUAAAUUACCUCCAUAAGGAAGUAAUUAUUUUUAGUUCAAAAGGAUUUAUAAUAAGGACGUUUUCUGUGAACAUUUAAUGAAAGUCUAUUCCUUCCCUUUUUUUAAAUUUCAUUUUUGUUAGAAAUCGAAAUUUUCCAGGUCCAAGUGUUCUUCAUAGUUCUUGCCGUUCUCAUGUCUCUGUUCUCUCUCUUCUUCCUCAUCAUUGGCUUCACCGCCACCGGCGUCACUCGUGAAACCAUGUACAAAAGUUUUUUCUAAAAUAUUGUUAUGAUUAUCAGUCGAAAAGAUUUAGAUGACGAAUCAAAGUGUGGAGGAAAGUUUGCCUGCGUUGUUGCCAUGAUCUUCGACUUUUUGUUGGUAAGUCGGGACUAAUUUUCCUCGUUAUUUUUGUUUUUCUUCAUCAAAUCCGUACACAUUCCAGCCCUUCUACGCGUGACUUUUUGGGUUCAAGUCAUUUAUUAGGUUUUAAGAGCCGAAAGAAAUUUUUCGCGGAAGUAUUUUACGAUAGGUAUAUCUUUUUGGGCCAGGAGCUAUGGGUAUUUUCCAGCGCCUCUAAACUUUUCUAGCUUUUUUUUCAUUUAUCAUCUUUAGGUGGCGUUUUUACCUUCUAAAGCUUGAAAUUGCGCUUUUCUGAUCGCGAAUUUUCAAGUCUCAUCACCCGGAAAAAAAAAUGCAUUGCAAGAGAUAUAUUUGUUUUUUUUUUCUGGGAUACUGAGGUCCUAAAUGACAUUUCAGCCAAGUUUCAGCAAAAAUUCAACCGUAAAAAACGUUUCCUUCUCAUGAACUCGAGAGAGAUCAGUAAAGGGGCAAUCUAAGGGGCCCUUGUAGGGUUACGUCUAGGGGCCACUUCAACCCCUAUAGGGGUCACUAAAUCUUGCAAAAGGGGUCCCUAUAAGGGUAUUAGUUAGUGGCCCGUAUAGAGGACAUCCUAGUCUAUGAUUGUUAUGAACUCUAAGCGAAUAAGUAUUUCUAUGGGAAAAACUGAAUAAAUAAGCGUUUUUUUUUAUCAAAUUGAACGACCCAGAUAGGGACCACUCAAGCUUUAGAGGCUAAGGUUCAUACCUUAAACCUCUGUAGGGACCAUUUUGAUUUUAACCCUAUAGCGACCACUUUUUCGGCCCUUAUAGGGGCUGUUUUCCAACAACCCCUAUAGGGAUCACUCUAAAAUUCCUAAGAUGAGAAGCGAGGUCGUUCAAACUCGAGAGCAACGCCGAAGGAAAAAAGCCCAGAAAGUCAGACCAUUCAAAGUUGUUUUGAACGAGUUAUACCUCAGUCAGAUUUUAUUAAAAGGUUGUUCUAUUGAGAAAUAUCACUUUUAGACUAUCUGCUGGCUUUUCAUCAUCUCGAUCGUGUCAAUGAUGUGCAUCUCCUACCACACUUUCGACCGCCUCUGCUAUUCCCUGCCGGCCUACACCGAGGCCGAUUGUAUCGACUUUCACGUCUUCAUCCCCCUCAUUGCCUCUUUUGCCAAUACGGUAUAGGAAGCAGAACUACAAACUUAAACGGGAUCACUCUAGAAUCUUCGCGUCUGCGGAGGCGACGCACAACAAUUUUGUGCCCUUUCAGCGACCGCUUCAACGUGGUACAUCGUUGGAUGGGUACGCGUUAAUAUUUCUUUAAAGUUUUUCCAUGAUUGAAGGCUUUUUUUUUGAAUUUUUCAUAGUUGGGGUGAACAGAGACCUAUCUUUUAUGGUUUGAAAUUAGAGCAAUAUCUGAGAUUUGAGCGAAAUCUGUUUUCAGAGAAGGAAAUAGUGAAUUUUGGAAUGAAACCAUUCUCAAAGAACUUUCCAAAUUCCUAGAAAUGUUCAAUUUUAUAGGUGGUUUUUUUGAUGAUAGUUCAAGCUCCAAGCUCACAGGGUACUCCCGAAAAUUAAAUUUUUUUUUAUUAGUCCCGUUUUUCGACUUACCAUACCUCUGAACUGACCAACCAUUAAGAAGUGUAAGAAGCUCAUAAUUGUUUCUUUUUUUUCAUAGCUAUCAAACAUGAUGUUAUAUGAAAUGAGCUAAACGUCAGGAAUUUUUGAUGUUUUUUUGAAUAUUUCUUCAUUCUCUUAAUUUUUCCCCCGAAAAAGUAGCUUCGUGAACAGAAAAAUGCUUUAAAUCCCCAUGAUCAAAUUCGCCCGUUUUUUGCAGUAAGUUUUCUCAUUUUUUUAGGUUGGCUGUGCUGUGAUUAUUCUCGGAUUGUUGCUGUUCUUCGGAAUCCAUGCAGCCAAUUAUGCACAUAUUGGAAAUUCUAAUAGGUUUUUCUUGAAGUCAGUAUGUACUAGGUGUAGUUCUUCCUAGGUACGUGGAGAUUAACCAAUACGGGGUCGAAGUUCCACCGAGUCCGCCUCAUUUUGCGCCGCCGAGAACUUUCGAGGACGAACUCCGCUACAACGAUCGUUACACGACAACCUCGAAAACGUGAAUUUCCCAAAGAAUGACUUCUUAUUUUAAUAUUUCUCGAUUUAGCUACACGUCGCGGCCAAUUUCGACGAGUCGCGGCGCCGAGCACAUGUCCGACUCUGUGAGCCAGCUCCAGUACGGCAGGAACAACAAGCGACGUCUCUACUGA